CAUCAUCGAUCCAGCCGAAGUCAAAGUCAACAUCAGACCAGACGAAUUUUUUGCUCGGCAAUAUUUCUGUUUGACAUAUGAAAUGAAUAAAUUGUAGUAUUAUUUAGAGCUGAUGCUUCUUCGAUUCAUAUUUAUCUGUAACAAUGGCUUUCUUCCAGUGGAGAAGGUUUAAUUUUUUUGAGUUACUGAAGGAAACAGACAAUGGUACUUUGGACAGGUCAUUCAAGGAUGUAACAAUAAACUGUAGUUCAAGUGGUAGAGGAUACCUAAUUCUUGGAGAUAACUUGGGCCUGGUCCAUCUCUUUGACAGGCAGUAUCAACGAGAAUCCUUUAAGGCAUAUAAUGUGAAUACUAGCCAUGUGCUUCAACUUAAACAAUCAUCAUUUCUUGGCACAGUUGGUGAAGAUGAUCCAGGAAUCAAUCCUGUUAUCAAAAUUUGGAAUCUGGAAAAGAAAGACAUACAUGGUUGUCCAGUAUGUGUUCACCUAGUUCGAGCUCUCCCCGGAAACCGGCCAGUUCCAGUUACGGCAUUCACCAUUGACGAACAAAUGCAUUUGAUGGCAGCUGGAUUUGCGGAUGGUUCAAUAGUCCUAUAUAGAGGUGAUUUAAGUCGUGAACGUCACAGCAAACAGAAGUUUCUACAGGCUGGGACCAGUCUCAUCUCUGGACUUUGUUUGCGGACUACCCAGAAAAUGUCACAUUUAUAUGUUGCAACACUAUCAACAGUCGUGAUGUACACAAUUGUUUCUAAAGACAAGGAGCAAUUUUCACAACUUGAUACAGUGGGUUGCUCCCCAGGAUGUUUUGCGUUUGCUGACUCAAAACAAGGGCAGCAUUUCAUGAUUGCUCGAAAUGAUGCUGUUUAUUGUUAUACGGUGGAAGGAAGAGGGCCCUGUUAUGCAUUUGAAGGAGAGAAGCUUGACUUACAUUGGUUUCGUGGUUACCUAAUAAUCGUAUCUAAAAUUGCCGGAAAGGGGGACGCAGACAGCGACAAGACCACUGUAACCAUCUUCGACGUCAAUAACAAGUUUAUUGCAUUUACAGCACCCAUCGCUAAAGCUUAUCGAGUUAUUUCGGAAUGGGGAUCUCUGCUUGUACUAACGAAGGAUAAAAAUAUUCAUCAGUUAAUGGAAAAAGACUUGCAUACAAAACUAGACAUUCUUUUCAAAAAGAACCUUUAUGACGUUGCAAUCAGAGUGGCCAAAAGCCAACAGUAUGAUAUUGAAGGGCUAAUGGAGAUUUUCAAACUGUAUGGUGAUCAUCUAUACGCUAAGGGAAAUCAUUCUGGAGCUAUGGAACAAUAUUUGAAAACAAUCGGUCGUUUGGAACCGUCGUACGUCAUCAAGAAAUUUCUGGAUGCUCAGCGGAUACAUCAGUUGACUGCCUACUUACAAGAACUACACAAGCAAGGCUUGGCUAGCGAAGAUCACACCACGUUACUUCUAAAUUGCUAUACCAAACUGAGAGAUACAGAUCGCUUAAACCAGUUUCUAAAUACCAAAGAUCAACGAAGCGAAUUUGACGUCGAAACUGCCAUUAGAGUUUGUCGACAGGCGGGUUAUUUUGAGCAAGCAUUACGUCUAGCCGAAGAUCGAGGAAAGCACGAAUGGCACCUUAAAAUACUUUUGGAAGAUCUUUCUGACUACCGACAAGCACUGGAAUAUAUUCAAAAAUUACCUCCAGAUUUAGCCAAAGUAAAUCUCCAGGAAUACGGCAAUGUCCUACUUGAAGAACUUCCCGACGAGACUACAAAACUGCUAUUAGAUUUAUGUUGCAGUAAGAGCCACAAUAACGAAGUGUGUGAUCCAGAAGAGUUUCUGUUGCUUUUCAUCAACCGUAACGAGAAAUUGGUUGAGUUUCUUGAAAACGUGUUACAGGUCCAUCCUAAUUCAAAUAGUUCACUGCAUUUUGCACUGCUUGAGCAGUACCUUUUGAUGUGGACUAAAAAUACUGCAAACCCGGAGUUGGAAAAGAAAAUUACGCUUCUUCUGCAGAAUUCUUCCGUCUUGGGUGCCGCAGAUCGUGCUCUUUUCCUUUGUCAAACACACAAAUUUCGUCCUGGAAUUCUGUUCAUCUUUGAAAAGACAAAACUUUAUGGGGAAUUACUCCACUUUUAUGCAAACGAGAAUAACUUUGAGAGUGUAAUUUCCACCUGCAGAAGGUUUGGUCAGCAAGAACCAUCUCUAUGGGUGAGGGCUUUGACAUUAUCUACUUCAAACGACAAGGUAACUACCGAAUGUUUGGCGGAAAUAUUAGCGUCCAUAGAGAAACUCAAACUUCUCCCUGCCCUUAGAGUAAUUGAGAUGCUAGGUCGUUCUCCUAACGCUACUUUGGGUCUCGCACGGGACUACUUGAUUCGCACUCUUCAGUCGGAUCAGUCGAACAUCAGUGAAGAUGAGAGACUUAUCCAGCAGUAUCGUCAAGAAACUGAAGCAGUCAGGGAAAAAAUUAAGGAUAUAAAGACGAGUGCUUUAGUGUUUCAAGGUUCUAAAUGCAACGUAUGUAACCAGCCACUAGAACUGCCGUCAGUCCAUUUCCUCUGUCUGCAUUCAUUCCAUCAACAUUGCUUUGAUAGCUAUGCUGAUAACGAGAACGAAUGCCCAGCCUGCCAUACGGAAAAUAAAAGGAUUUUGGACAUUGUCCGGGCACAGGAGCAGAGCAAAGAUCUUCAUGAAGCCUUCCAUGGGCAACUGGAAAAAGCUGAUGACCCUUUUACGGUACUUGCCGACUAUUUUGGCCGCGGAGUCUUCAACAGCUUACCGUCCUGGGAGACGGCUAUUUCGGGCCAUCAAGGUGUUCGUACCGAUUUGUCAUCCGUUUCUUGGGGACCUCAAAAUGCUGGUCCAGGUUUUGAAGCUAAGCUGCGUAAGAGUGAAGGCAAAAGCUGUGCGAAUCUUACAGCUUUUGUCUUGCCAGGAUUCACGAAUGAAGGUCGUGUGAGAUUGCAAGAAAAUGCUUCGGUCCGACCUACACGAAUCGAUGUGACUGAAGGCCGAUUGCGCAACGCUGAGGUGAUUGGAGCUGUAGAACGAGCUGCAUCGAAUAACGCUGCGACUACAACUUCCGAAGCAAGGCAUCGGCUUCAAGAAGGAACAAACGCGAAAAAUUUUCUAACAACACCGGUCGAAAUUCCCCGUCAAACCGUGGUAACGCAAUCGGCUGCGAGCGUUCCAAACUACGUAGGAGCGGUUAAAGCGGUUGUCGCUUCCGGUUCAUCUGACUUCAGUACGUCACUAAGAAAAUCUUCUAAUUUAUCCCUACGUAAAGCGUACGGCAAUCAAGCGAAUGCAGAACCGGAAAAUCCCUUCAAGGAAAACACUUAUGACGAAUCAAAAAAUCCAUUUGCUGAUGAGCAAUCUUCCAAUCCCUUUGGUGAUGACGAGGACGAUUAUAAUGACAGUCUAAAUCCUUUCGCUGAAUAAUAUAAUUUUUCAAUCUCAAGUUGAUUUAACGCCAUGUGUGCUGUAUCCCUUGAGUCCACUUUCCAUUACGUUGACUUUAUGAAAUUAAUGCUAAAUAGACACGUAAACACCAA